AUGAAAAAACAAGUGGUGUACAUGAUGUUUCAUAUUUCAAUUAUUUUUGUGUCAAAUAUACUGACUGACGCAACUGAAAGUACCCCUGUGGAUAUAAUUUCGGAAAUAAUGCUUUUGAAGGACCAAAUCCAGAAGCGGGACAACUUUUACGGAGAGAAAUUGGCCGAGAUGAAGGACAGACUUCAAAAAGCUGAAGAAAACUCUAAGUCUGUUGAAAAACAUUUCAAGAAGAAGUUGAUCGAAGCUGAAAACAGGUUUUAUAAAGCUGAAGAAAGGCGAAAUUCUGCAGAGAAAUUCUUUGAAAAGAAGAUAUCUGAACUGGAAAAGAAAUUAUACGAAACUACUGAACGUGGACAUAAAGCUAAUGACAUGAUCGAUGAUGGAAAACUACCUGAAAUCAUCGACACUUUAUACGCAGCUGAAGAAAACAUUCAUGAGAAAGAAAUUGCUGAACGCGAAGUUAACUCAGGAAUGGAACCUACGACGAAACAAGCUAAAGACAAUCACACUGAAGCAGACGUUGCAGAAUUCCUUACUGCAGGUCGUGUGUCACACAAAAUGCCCAUGGCUCACGGUAAAAUAAAUGGAAAGAGAUUGCUUACAGCUCCCGGAAGCCAUCGAGUUGCAUUUUCAUCUCACCUAUCCGCCAAGGCGACGGAACUUGGCAAAGAACAUCCUAUACCGUUCGAUCAAGUCCUACUCAAUGAAGGCCAAGCGUUCGACACUGUGUUACAUGCUUUCAUAUGUCCGGUAGAUGGAAUAUACAUGUUUCAAUCGUCUUUGCUCUGUGAUUACGGGGCCCAUAUAGAAACUGAAAUUGUCAAGGACGGUUCUGUAUUGGCUCGCAUAUAUGCAGCUGGUGACAAUGGCUUGCCGCAUGGAUGGGACCAAGGUUUCAACUCUGCGACUGUUCAGUGCAACAAGGGUGAAAGGGUAUGGGUUAGAGUCCGUUUACAUAAUGGAAAUACUGUAUAUCCUGAACAAUUUUCGACAUUUUCCGGCUUCCUGAUAUGGGAAAUCUAA